AAUUGAGUUACAUCCUCAGAAGUUGGGGGCGGGGAACGAACACGCUCCGUUUUAAUUCAGUGGCCUGGGAUACAUGGGAUAUAUCUCCCGAGGCAGAAAAACAAGGUGAGGGGACCAUCACGAGAGAAGAUAUUCUCGCUAAAUCCCAGAGUUUCUAAAUAAUGUGUAAGAAACCAUAGAGGUAAAGUUCUCGCGAUAUCAUAAGACAUCCGGCGUAAAAAAACUUUACUGAGCCACAGUUCUGGAGAAGUAGGAAAAGCUCGCGAGAUCUCACUAGGAGGGGGAGGAGAUGUGAUCUCGCGAAAGGAAACGGGUCGGGAGCGAUCGCGAGAUCUCAGACCACCGGACCCGAAAGGUGCUUUAGAAGUUCAAGGGCCCAGAGGAGGCCCAAAGGCAAAUGGCCGGAGCUGGGCCCACCAUGCUGCUACGAGAGGAGAAUGGCUGUUGCAGUCGGCGUCAAAGCAGCUCCAGCACCGGGGACUCGGAGGGGGAACGUGAGGACUCGCCGGCUGCGCGCGCCCGGCAGCAGCUAGAAGCGCUGCUCAACAAGACUAUGCGCAUUCGCAUGACAGAUGGACGGACACUAGUCGGCUGCUUCCUCUGCACUGACCGCGACUGCAAUGUCAUCCUGGGCUCCGCGCAAGAGUUCCUCAAACCGUCGGAUUCCUUCUCUGCCGGGGAGCCCCGAGUGCUGGGUCUGGCCAUGGUACCCGGACACCACAUCGUUUCUAUUGAGGUGCAGAGGGAGAGCCUGACGGGGCCUCCGUAUCUCUGACCACGAUCGCGCAUGCCUUUCAGACUUUAUUAAACCUAUGACUGAA